AUUUGAGCCAAUCAAUUGAAACGAGUGUUAAUUUCCAUACAAUCAGGCCAUAGUUGAGAUUAGACGAUGCCACUCGACAAUUUGUAGCCGCUCAUAGUGCAAAUUAAAAGACCCCUCUUCCCACCCCCAACUUAGGUUCUUCUUCUCAAGUAAACUUAUUUAAAAAAAAGACGUAAAGAACCUCAAUCCAAGUUAACAUUAAUUCAUCUUCAUCUCUUUGUUUUGUGGCAUAAAGAAAGAGCAAGAAGCGGGUGAACAAUAUGGAUUGCCCAGAAAUUUCAUGGCUCUCUGAAAUGGGGAUAGACAAUUCUUUGUGGAGAGAGCAAAGCGAUUUUAUGUUGGACAAUCCCUUAGACGAGGAGAUAGCAGCUGUUCUUGGGCAUGACCUGGACAUGAUGUCAUCCACUUCCUCCACACUCAUCAACACACUCCCUAGCACAAACUCCAUAUCCUCCCUCUACACAGACAAUUUUCAAUACUCUCCUCCUCAGCCUCCUCCUCCUUUUCGUCAUAAUAAUAAUAAUAAUAAUAAUAAUAAUAAUAAUAAUAAUAAUAAUACUGGUGAGCAACAACGGCCAGCGAAGCUCCAAAAGGGUAACAAAUUGUCAUCAGUUGACCGUGCAGCGGCGGCUCCAAUAAUUCUCAACUUUGACAAGAAUUCGUGUCCCACAAAGACACAGACGCAGACUCAGACUCAGGCAUGUGAGGAAGAGGAAGUGGAAGAGGCUACGGUUGUAACAACCAGGAAAAAAACAGGUGGAAGGGUGAGGCCGCCUUCGCAGACAUAUGAUCACAUUAUUGCCGAGAGGAAGAGGCGCGAACAGCUCAGUCAGCGCUUUGUGGCUCUCUCCACCAUAGUGCCCGGCCUCAAGAAGAUGGACAAAACAUCAGUUUUGGGGGACGCCAUAAACUACUUAAAACACCUCCAAGAAAGGGUGAAGACAUUGGAAGAGCAAGCGAGCAGGCAAACAAUGGAGUCCGUUGUGCUCGUCAGGAAAUCGCAGAUAGCAGACGAGGGCUCGUCUGAUGACACUUCGGCCGAGCUCCCGCUGCCCGAAAUCGAGGCCAGAGCCUCCAAUAAUCACCUACUCAUCAGGGUCCACUGCCAAAAACACAAGGGCAUUUUGGUAAAUCUGCUCACAAAUAUCGAGAUGCUCAACAUGGUUGUCAUCAACACCAAUGUCACGCCCUUUGGAAAUUUCGCCCUUGACAUUACAAUUGUUGCUGAGAUGGAGAAAGAGUUCAACUUGUCAAUGAAACAAGUAGUGAAGAGGCUUCGUGCAGCUCUCAAGCAGCUUAAUCCAUAAUUUAUACAAAGAAAAUGUUGAAGGGGUGUGUGUGCCGAAUAAGAGGAUCAAAAGCGCUAACCAUAUAUAUAUAUAUACACAUGCAUAAAUGUCAUCUAUUUUACGUUGAGUUGGCAAAGAAACAACAAAGUGACAUUUGGGUUAUGUAAUAAUUUAUUAGUUGUUAUACUUAGUUGGAUGAUAUGAAAUGGGAGGCAUAAUAUGUUAAUCAUUAUGGGUGUAUGCAAGUAAUAAUAAUGUCAUGGAGUUUUCAUUGUGAAUAUUGGUCUUUCGGCCGGUUGAUUCUUUUAGAUAAGCUUAAUCGUUCCCAAUUCUUACUUCAUUGAAUACAUAUUGGC